CAAGGAAGUAGUGGAUCCGUUCUAGAGCGAUUGGCAGUGAAAAAGAACACAGACAAGAAAACUGAAGUGUAAUAACUAAGAACUUUCAAAUGCCUGAGAAAAAGGAAAUAGAAAAUAUAAGGAAAGAAAGAGCUGCAAAAAUCAUUCAGAGGGCCUGGAAAAAAUUUCUUAAUGUUGCUGUAUUCCAACACUUUAAAAGUCUGAUUAAUUUAAGAAGACAAGGGGAACCACGUCAGAUAGUGAAAUAUAUUAAUCCUAAAGAGGCAGAGCUUCUAGAUGCUGCUGCUGGCAUUCAGAUACGAUUCAGAUUAGGUGGAAUUAAAUUUCCACCUGACAUAUACUAUAAAAUUUUUACUCACAGACAUAUUGAAGAUUUAUGUGCUAACAGCCCUAGAGAUUACACAAAGCUACCAGCAAAACAUAUAUCUCAUAACAAAAGUGAUCACCCUGAAGAGGAGGAUCACAGUGGCUGGUAUCGUCGUAUAGAAAACAAUGGCUGGAGGCCUGUUUCUGAGAGAUUUUGGACACCAGAUGAAAAAGAAAUAAUGGAAGGCAAAAAGGAAAGUGAAUUCCACUUUUCUAAAUUGAAGAGAAGACAAGAUUUGGAAAAGAAAAGAAAAAUUAGAAAAAUAGAAUGGAUGAGGCAUAUGUACUACACAGGAAGCCUGGCAGCUAGGGCAACUCAUCAUGACACUCUAGGCUUAAUACAAACAGCAACGAAAGGUCUGAUUAAAAGUAUUGAAGAUGGUGGUAUAGAUUCUGUGAUGGAAUGGGAAGUAGAUGAAGUACUGAACUGGACCAAUACACUCAACUUUGAUGAGUAUAUUGCCAACUGGAAGGAAAUUGCAACAAGCAACUCUUCAGUUAAAUUUAAAGGUUUCAGGUUUGAGCAAGCACGGAAAGAUACACACAGCAAUGAAGAUAGACCAGAGACACAUAUGGGAGAACCAUAUGAUUAUUUCUAUGGCAAUGUUUAUGAAAAACCAAAUUUUACUACAUUAACACCUGAUUCCACUUAUGGAAUGCAAACAUAAAAUAUGGUAUUUUUUUUCUGAGGGCCAAAGGAAUGGGGCCAAACAACCAUGAACUGAAACCUCUCCAACUGUGAGCAAAAUAAACCUUUUCUCUUUUAAACAGAUUGAGUAUCUUGUUAACAGAGACAAAAAGCUGGCUAACACAAGUACUAUGGACAUUUUAACAAUAUUAAUUCUUCCAAUCCCUGAAUAUGGGGGUUCUUCCUUUUUUUUUUUGUUUUUCUUCAAUUUCUUUCAUCAGUGUUUUGCAGUUUUCAUGGAAAGUUUUUCACAUCCUUCCUUAAAUUUAUUUCUAAGCUUUUUUAUUAUUUUAGUAGAUUUUCUGAAUGGGAUUAUUACUUGGGUGUAUAAAAGUGCUACCGAUUUUGUGUGUUAAUUUUGUGCGUUGCAACUUUACUGAAUUUGGUUAAUUCUAAUAGUCUUGGUGUGUAGUUCAUUUUUCAAUAUAUAAAAUAAUCUAUAAAUAAGGGUAAUUUAUUUUCUUUAUUGUUUGUAUCCCCUUUAUUUCUUUGUCUUGUCAAUUGCUCUGGCUAAUAUUUCCAUUACUAUAUUGAAUAGUGGUUGUGGGAGUGAACAUUCUUGUUCCAGGAAAUGCUUUUAGAUUUUCCCCAUCUAAUGGUGGCUGUGGACCUGUUAUAUAUAUAUAUAUAUAUAUAUAUAUAUCCUUUAUUACAUACAUAUGCAAAUGUUCCUUCCAUACUUGAUUGGUUGAGUUUUUGUUGUAAAGUGAUUUUGAAUUUUUUAUUUUUAAAAUUCAUCUAUUGAUAUGAUCAUAUAAUUUUUGUCUUGAGCUCUAUGUGGUGUGUUAAAUUUAUUAAUUGUAUGUUGAACCAUCCUUGCAUCCCUGGAGUGAAACCAACUUGAUCAUAAUGUACAAUUUUCUUAAAUGAGUUUUUGAGUAUGAUUUGCUAACAUUAAUAAUUAGAAAAAAUUUUUUUUUAAUCUAUGUUCAUCAGGGAUAUAGUCUAUCUGUGGUUUUUGUUCCUUGAUGUGUCCUUAUCUGGUUUUGGUGUAGAGGUGAUACUGGCUUCAUAGAAUGAAUUUGGAAGUGUUCACAUACACCCCUUUUCUAUUUAAUGUAAUAAUUUAAGGAGCACAGGCAUUAGUUGUUCUUUAAAGGUCUGAUAGAAUUCAGCUGGUCCUGGGCUUUUCUUUGUUUGAGGGCUUUUCUUUUCAUUACUGUUUCAAUAUCAAUGUUUGCUGCUGGUCUGUUUAGGUUUACCAUACCCUCUCAGUUCAAUUUUAGUAGGUCAUUAUAUAUUUAGAAACUUGUCCACUUCUUCUAGAUUUUCUGGUUUACUAGAGGAUAAACUUUAAAAAUAGUCUUUAAUGAUUCUCUGGAUUUCAGUUUUACCUGUGGUGCUAUCUCCUUUUUCAUAUCUAAUUUUAUUAAUUUGGGGUCUCUUUUGGUUUGGCUAAGGAUUUAUCAAUUUGUUUCUUUUCAAAGAAAACUCUUCGUUGUACUGAUCUUUAAAUUCUCAAUUUCAUUAAUUUUAGUUCUGAUCCUAAUUAUUUCCUGUCAUGAUUUCACAAUUAGUUUUUAAAAGUUCUAUAUUCCUAUGUUCAGAUUUUGAGUCAUAGAGAGGUUCUUCUUUUGGUCUUGCUUGUUUGGGGUUCUAAAUGCCUCCUGCAUUUGUAUGUCCAUCUUACUCCCAAUGCAUGAAAAUUUUUGUUAUUUCACUGAAAAGUUAAUCAAUGCCAUUAUUGUGAAUUUCUGUUGCUUGAUAAUGAUUCUAAGAUUGGAUCAAGUAGAAGAUAGUAUCUCAAAGCUUAAGGCCAGAGUGGGACAUUAAGAGUCCAAUCUAUUCAACUGAAUAUUUUAUUGUCUUUCAUUUCCAAGAUUCACUUGGUUCUUUUUCAGAAUCUUUUAUGAAAUAUUUUUUCACAGGCUGUAUUUUCUUACUUCAUUUUAGAUCUUUAAUUCAUUAAUCAUUUGAACAAUCAGUUUUCUGAAUUCUUUGACCAGGAUUUCAUUCACUUUAGUAUCUGUGGAUUCAGUUGUUGGGAAGUUAUAAACUUUAGGAGGCAUCUGCUUUGUUUCCUCAUAUGUUCUUAUAUUUGUGCAUCUGUUGAGAUGGAUUCUUCCUUUUUUAUGUGAGGGUCCUUAAGUUAGUAAUUAUCUCUUUAUAAUAACCAAACCAAGUUUCAAUAAUCAGUAUCACUUUUAGAAAGGAGAGUAACUGUCAGUAACAGUGGUUAAGAACAAACGAUAUAUCAACAUAUGCUAAAAAAGUUAUUACUAAUGACAUCUAUUACUCUGUUAACCAAAGAGGAAAGUAUGUGAGAAAUAGAGUGAAAAGAUUAAGCAUUAAUGAUAACAUACUAAACUGAACUGAAAGAAGGGAUACUGUGCAAUGUUACUUUAAAUACCUGACAAGUAGUGGAUUCUCUUGGUGCGUUACUUUGGAUAUUGCAGUUAUUCUGGAUGCUCUGCUAUUACAGUCUGGUUUCUCAUUCAAAAAAAAGUAAAGAAAGAGAAAGGAAAUAAAGGUGUCCCGGGGAAAAAGGAGAAAUAAAGGGAAGGGAAUGAAGGAAGAAGGAGGUAUCAAGAGAGAAUUCUAUUAAUUGACUAAAUGUGUGAAAUUAGAACUCUCAAAAAAUCACAAAAUGGGAAGACAUUAAGAAAUCCAUGAACAUUGAGUAGCUGAAACAAUAACAGUUAAAGAGACUUUUUUUCUUGCUGAGGCUUUCUAAAUGGAAACAUUUCUUUCUGGGGUUCCAAUUUUAGAAUCUUCCUGCUUUGAGGAAGUUUGUGUCCAAAAAUAUUGUGCCAUUUAUUUGUUCUCAGCACUGACCCAAACUGGUCACACCUGUUAGGUGAGUCUGUAUGCUGAGUUCUUUCCCCGUUUGCCCUGGCAGCAUCUACUGGUGUUCAUUUCAGAGCUGGCUUCACCCUUGCUCUAAAUGUGUUGGUUAUUGUGACUGGGGUUGGGCGGGCUGUCAGGAUUGCUGACCAGCCCUUUCGCUCAUGCAGGCUGUGGAAUGACCUGGACUGCACUGUAUACCUCACUCUGUGAGCCUCAGUCCAUGUGCUGAGUGGAGGGAUAUGUGUCAGUCCAGAACCUCCUGGGUGUGGGGGAGGAUGGCCUGGGGGUCUGUGGUAGGAUGUUGCAGGGUCACUGCUUUCCACCUGAUCCAUGUCAGUUCUACCCCAUGUUCCCAGUCACUGAGUUCAGACUCUCAAUUUCAAAUGAAAGCAUCCUUUGCUCUUAGAUACCAAAAAGCAAGUAACACAAGAGAAGAUGGGGCGGGGAGGAAAAAGGUAAACUUUAGCGAUUUCUAGACUAAUGCUCAGGAAGUCCAAAGUCUUUAAGCUGUCACUGCUUUCCCACUUUCACUUACUCCACUGGAGAGUGCCAGGACUUUCUCCCAAGCCAGUUCACCUCACUAUAUCUGAGCUCAUUUUCUGCUCAGACUGUGAAUUUGUUGGAUAGUGGUGCCUUGCUUUUCUUAAACUCAGUGGGAGAAUUUCCUUGGGCUAGUUGGAAGGGAGCUUUCUUUCCUCCACUGAGCUCCAUGACACCAAAUGCUCCUGCAAUCUAUUCUUUUUAUUUCUUUUCUUUCUAUUCUAGAAAGCAGCAUUUCUGGUUUUCAUUUGGUUGCUAGCUCUCUGAGUUGUCACUGCAGAACUGUUAAAUUCCAUCUUAGGGAGCAACUAAGAAGAUAUUGUGGGUUCCCCUAAUCCAUCAUUUUUUCAGCCUCACUGAUUUUUUUUUUAUUUUUACUCUGUUUCACUUAGUUCUGAUCUUUAUUUCCUUCACAAUUUGGUUUCCUUCUUAUUUUAUAGUUUCAUGUACCUUAUCAAAAACAAAUGUUAAAUUUUAUUACAAGUUUUUUCUGUACCAACUGACACAGUUAUGGAUUUUAUUUAUGUUAAUCUUUCAAAUAGUAAGCCAACUGGCAUUCCUGUAAUAAUGCCAUUUGGAUAUGAUGUUUUUUGGGCAUCAUCUCUUUUACAAAUUGAUAAAAUAAAUUGGUUAAUUUUUGUAAGGGCUUUUUGAAUCUAUGUUCAUGAAGGAUAUUGGUACUUUAUUUGGUUUUCAAGCAAGAUUAAU